AUGUCUACAGAGACUCUACCCCUUCCCCUUCCUUACCAGUCUCAAAUUCUCACAGACAUUCUUUCCACUUCUGCUUUCUUGAUUCUCGCUAGGGGAUUAGGAAUUCGCCGGAUAAUGUGCGCAGUAAUGAAAUUAUAUUCCAGGCCCGAGACUUUAGUGAUACUGUUGAAUACUCCGACAGGCGAGGAAGAGUAUAUUAAGGAAGAAUUAUUGGGAAUGGGUGUUGGCAGGCCUGGAUUGAGAAUUGUCAAUAAUGAACUAAGUGCAAAGGAAAGAACUGAACUCUAUUUAUCGGGUGGAAUAUUCUCGGUUACAUCUCGUAUCUUUAUAGUAGAUAUAUUGACUAAACGAAUAUCAGUCGAAAAGAUCACAGGAAUAAUAGUCAACCAUGCUGAGAGAGUGACGGAGACUUCUACUGAAGCAUUCAUUCUGAGGAUAUUUCGACAAGAGAAUGAGAAUGGUUUUAUCAAGGCCUUUUCGGAUUCACCAGAGGCCUUUGUGACUGGGUUCUCACCUCUUCAGACUACAAUGCAGUGUCUUCAGCUUCGAACAGUCUUUAUUUGGCCACGUUUUCACGUUACAGUGAGAGAAAGCCUUGAAAGUCGCAAGGCAGACGUUGUGGAAUUGUUACAACCGUUGUCAGAUAACAUGACUCACAUCCAAUCUGCUAUCGUGGAAUGCAUGGAAGCGUGUUUAUCCGAGUUGAAAAAGGCAAACAGAUCCAUAGAUGUUGAAGAAUUGACAAUAGAAAACGCGAUGUUUCGCUCAUUUGAUAGAUUAGUGCGACACCAGCUAGAUCCAAUAUGGCAUCGUGUUAGCAGUAAAACUAAACAGAUGAUUGGAGACCUUAAUGUCUUGCGUAAAUUAUUAUCGUAUCUUGUUACUUACGAUUGCGUUACGUUUAAUAGUUUUUUGGAAAUGAUUAUUGCAAGUAACACUCCAACGUCUGUUAUGUCUCAGCAACAAUCGCCAUGGCUAUUCACCGAUUCUGCCAAUGCUAUAUUUACUGUACGUGCACAAGCCAUUCUUUACGUUAAAUGUGGAGCUACCGUUAUUUAUCAAAGAUCUAUUCAAUUUAAUCCUCUGCAGCUUGCCAAAGAGCGUGUAUAUAUCCGAAAAGCAAAUGCAGACAAAGAUUCAUCAAAAUCGAGCGAUAAUUUUGACUUUCCUCCAUCCGUCGAACCGAUUCUUGAGGAACUACCGAAAUGGAGGCUGUUGAGCGACGUCUUAUAUGAGAUAGAACAUGAAACGGAAGCAAUCAACGCAAAAAAUGUUGAUGACAGCGAUAAAUCAAACGUAAUUUUAAUAAUGGCUGGAUCUGAACGCACAUGCUCACAAUUACGUGAAUAUUUAACUGCUACGAACCAUGGGCAGCAUAACGUAGGCGGGAGCAAUCCCAUACUUAAAGAUUUACUCCGCAAUUAUUUCAGAUGGAAAGGUGCCAUCCCCAAUGUUAGCGAGAAAUUAUUUAAGGAAGAUGAUAAGAUAGCGAGUGACAAUACGACAGAGACCGGCGAAGGAGGUAUUAAACAGAAAUACCAUCGAGGACAGCCACCACCAAACAAAAGGCGACGUGUACGGGGAGGUUCUUCUACAGCUGCGUCAUCAUCUCGACCCGCACCCUCCACUAUCGAAGAAGAAACAAAAGAAAUUGUCUCAUUUUUAAGCUCUGGCACAGCACCAACAGACACUUCACCUUCACACCAUUCUUCAUACUAUAAUGACGAAUUCGAUGCAGAAGCGUUCGCACAAUAUUUCGACGUGAUCUCACCCGAUUCGUUAGUCAUUAUUCGUCCAUACUCGAAUGACGAUGAUGAUCGGUUAUUGGAAACGGUGAAGCCAAAGUUUAUUGUGAUGUAUCAACCCGAUAUCGGUUUUGUGCGGCGUGUUGAGGUCUUUCGUGCCUCAAAUCCCGGACGAAAUACUCGAGUUUAUUUUCUGAUGUACGAAAACUCAGUUGAAGAACAGUUAUACUUGAGUAGUAUAAGGAGGGAAAAGGAAGCGUUUGAGAAAAUAAUUAGAGAAAAGUCGAUAAUGGCAAUUCCACUCGGACAAAGUGCUGCCAAAUCUAUUGGCCCAGAUGACGCGUUUCUCCGAACCACCAACACUCGCGUUGCUGGCGGACGUUUGCCUCUUAAUUACGAAACCAAAGUGAUUGUUGAUGUUCGUGAAUUUCGUAGUUCACUUCCUUCAAUUCUUCACGCACGCGGAGUGACAAUUGUCCCGUGCACUCUCCAAGUAGGUGAUUACAUUCUCUCGCCUAGGAUGUGUGUUGAGAGAAAGAGCGUGUCAGACUUGGUAGGGUCUCUGAAUUCUGGCAGAUUAUAUACCCAAUGUGAAGCAAUGUCAAUGUAUUACAAAGAGCCAGUAUUAUUGAUCGAGUUUGACCAAAAUAAGGCCUUCACUUUGCAGGGAAUCAGCGAUAUGAAAGCUGACAUUGGGGUGACUGAUCUCUCUUCAAAGCUUGUUCUCCUCACACUCGCAUUCCCGCGUCUUGCAAUUAUCUGGUCUUCUAGUCCCUAUGCUACGGUUGAAAUAUUUGAAGAUUUGAAAAAAUCCCAUGAAGAACCCGACGCUGAAAAGGCUAUGGCAAUCGGAGUAGAAGAAGGAGAGGAAACCGAUUCCAUGUAUAAUGCGAAUUCUCAGGAUGUCUUGCGUGCUCUACCCGGGAUUACAUCCAAAAACUAUAAACGUGUCAUGACGCAAGUGGAAAAUUUAAAAGAGUUGAGUGAAAUGACACUGGAACAGUGUCAGAAACUAAUCGGAGAUAAUAAUGGGAAGAUGCUGUAUGAGUUUUUCAGAAACAAUGUUAAGGACUAA